AUGCCUUCCGUCCAAGAUCUGCCAGACUUUUACUUGCCUCUCAUAGACAUUACACCGUUCCGUGAGAAUCCCAAGAGCGAUGCCGCUCAGCAAGUUAUUGACGAUGUCCGGCGAGCGUGUCGAUCGACGGGAUUCUUCCAAAUGAAAGGCCACGGUGUGUCCCUAGAGCUGCAGAAGCGCGUGUUUGAAGCCUCGGCCAAAUUCUUUGCUCUUCCUGCAAAGGAAAAACUUCGGCUUGAUGCGAGAAAGAACCCUGGUUUUCGAGGCUACGAUGUCAUGGGCUCACAGUCCUAUGAGACGGAGGAAGAAGAACAGGACGGAAUCUUGCGAGACGUCAAGGAGGGGUUUUUCAUCUCCAAAGAAAUGCCCAUGGAUCACCCUCGUGUCAUCCAGGGCCGCUUCCUAGAAGGCCCAAAUGUCUGGCCAUCGUCUGACCUUCUUCCGGUCGCCGACUUUCGCUCUAUCACAGAACACUAUUAUCUCGAGAUGCUACGGGUCUCCCGCAUCGUUUUUGGCCUCCUCGCCGCCACCCUGCCCUGCGGAUCGGACUGCUUCGAUGAUCUACAGGCCAAAGACCCCAUGUGGCUCCUUCGCCUGCUGCACUACCCGCCCACACCAGGUUCGCAGGGAACGGCCAAGAUGCAGCUUGGUGCUGGCGAGCACACCGAUUUCGGCGCCAUCACCCUGCUGGUUCAGGACGAGCAUCCCGGGCUCCAGGUCAAAGAUUACAAGACGGACCAGUGGGUUGACGUGCCGCCCAACCCAGAUGUCUAUAUUGUCAACCUGGGCGACGUUAUGUCGCUGCUUACAGGAGGCGAGUAUCGCAGCAGCCUCCACCGUGUUUGGAACAAGAGCAGUGACGACAGGUAUAGCAUUGUAUUCUUCUUUGAUGGUAACCUAGAUACCAAGCUAAAGCCUCUCGACGGGCUGCCGGUGCAGUUACAGUCUUCCGCUGACUUCUUGACCGUGGAAGAACAUGUUAGAUAUCGCAUGACGGGUAGCUAUAGUAUUGUAAAGAACUAG